CAUGGCCGCCGGCGCCGCGGCUGCUUUAGCCUUCUUGAACCAAGAGAGCCGAGCCCGGGCUGGGGGCGUCGGGGGCCUGAGGGUCCCGCCACCCGUCACAAUGGAUAGUUUCUUCUUCGGUUGUGAGCUCUCCGGCCACACCCGCUCCUUUACUUUCAAGGUGGAGGAAGAGGAUGACACGGAACACGUGCUGGCUUUGAACAUGCUGUGCCUUACCGAGGGGGCCAAGGACGAGUGUAAUGUGGUGGAAGUUGUGGCCCGGGAUCACGACAAUCAGGAGAUUGCAGUCCCGGUGGCCAACCUCAGGUUGUCUUGCCAGCCCAUGCUCAGUCUAGAUGAUUUCCAGCUCCAACCACCUGUAACCUUCCGCCUGAAGUCCGGUUCUGGUCCUGUGCGGAUCACUGGUCGGCAUCAGAUCGUUUGUAUAAACAACGAUCUUUCUGAAGAAGAGAGUGAAGAUGAGAGCGAAGAUGAAAUUAAGCUGUGUGGCAUCCUUCCUGCCAAGAAGCAUAGGGGCAGGCCCUAGCCCUCUGGUGAGGUAGCUGCUUGCUACAGGUGCCAUGCUCCAUAUGUUCCUGGACAAGUUCAAGAAUGUUUUUCUCGCUGAAAAGGAUAGUUUGGGAAGGGUGUAGGUGGGAGGGCCUUGGGCUGAUUCUAAGAGAGCAGUCAUUCUCCAUAGGGGUCCUGUGUUUGGUCCUGUGGUGCCCUUUUCUAUUGGGGUGGGGCGACUUUUGAACACCUCUUCUGACCCACCCAGAUUCAGUCCCCAGCACUGCAAAAAAAAAAAAAAAAGUUCAGAACACAUUUUUGACACUUUUUACAUUUUUAGAUAAAUAUCUGAAUAAAGUGGUGUAUGGUUGUUUUGCAA